CUUUCUGUUCUGUUCUUCACAUCUCUCAUGCGUAUAUUCACGAGACUCGUGAUGUGAUUUCAACACACCGUCUUGACAACAAGUAAAGAAGGAAGACGAAGAGUCAUGGACUGGACGAACGUUUCCUCUAGAUCAAGCUCUCUUACAGUAGGAGAGCAAAUCUGCGCCGUCUUCGUACCUUUCUUGGUCAUUAUUGAUGUUCUCUUCUCCACCUUCGGACAAUGCUUCGAUUGCCGUCGCCGCCCAUCGCCUCAGAUUUGUCAGCACCCGGAUCUGACUCGUCUUGCCCGUGAAUCUCAAUUUUCAGUCAACGAAGUUGAAGCAUUGUAUGAGUUAUUCAAGAAACUUAGCUGUUCAAUUAUUGAUGAUGGGUUGAUUCACAAGGAAGAGCUUCGGCUAGCGCUUUUUCAAGCUCCGAACCUCUUUCUUGAUAGGGUUUUUGAUCUGUUUGAUGAGAAGAAAAAUGGUGUUAUAGAGUUUGAGGAGUUUAUCCAUGCGUUGAAUGUGUUUCAUCCCUCUGCAGCAAUCGAGGAGAAGAUAGACUUUGCAUUUAGGCUCUAUGAUUUAAGACAAACCGGAUUUAUAGAACGAGAGGAGGUGCAUCAAAUGGUGGCUGCUAUUUUGAAAGAGUCUGAUAUGAUGCUGUCAGAGGAACUUCUGACCAUGAUUAUUGAUAAAACAUUUGCUGACGCAGAUUCAGAUAGAGACGGUAAAAUAAGCAAGGAGGAAUGGAAAGUGUAUGUGCUUAAGCAUCCAAGCUUGUUGAAGAAUAUGACUCUUCCUUACCUAAAGGAUGUGACGACAGCAUUUCCAAGUUUUAUAUUCAACACUGAGGUUGAAGACUGA